AUAAACGUUUCCGAAGCAGUGUGUUCUUCAUUACAGCAGUGCGUACUGUUACACGGUGUCAGCUGGUCUCAUUACAUCUGCGUUUAAAAUAUCUUACAGUUAUAAAGCUGCAUAGGGAGUCUGCGGCAUUGUCUACAUAUUUUGAUUAUUUGCGUUUAUACCAGUAGCCAACAGCAAAGAUGAAGACUAAAUUCAUAAAUGGCGUGUCUUCCUCGCCUUCUAUGUCUCUGGGUUUAUUGGUAAAUGAGAAUGUCCUCGAAGUCCAGCCAGACAGUGGGAACGACUGCAAAGACAUUGUUAGACCGGAUGAGCCCGACCACCAGACGAAGCGUAAGGCGUAUCUAUGGUGUAAAGAAUUCCUUCACGGAGCCUGGAAGUCCAUAGAUGAGGAUCAUUUCCAAAUCUCUAUUAUCAGGGGAGGUCUCAGCAACAAACUGUUCCUCUGCGCUUUGCCAGAGAAGCAACCAAGCAUUGGAGACGAGCCACGAAAUGUGCUCCUUCGUCUGUAUGGAGAAAUUCUGCAGAUGUCCUGUAAUAAAGGGGAUUCCAGGCAAUCAAACACAGAAAAUCACUUUCAAGGAGCUGAUGCCAUGGUACUGGAGAGUGUGAUGUUUGCUAUCCUGGCCGAGAGGGAGCUUGGGCCCAAACUCUAUGGCAUUUUUCCACAGGGGAGACUGGAACAGUUUGUCCCUAGUCGAAAAUUGUCCACAGAUGAGCUGAGUGUCCCUGGUAUAUUUGCUGAGAUUGCUGAAAAGAUUGCCAGAUUUCAUGGAAUGAGAAUGCCCUUCAACAAGGAGCCAAAGUGGCUGUUUGGCACCAUGGAAAAGUACAUGGAUCAAGUGCUUCAGCUCACCUUCACCAGGGAGCACCAUCUACGAAACUUCUCCCGCCUUUUGAGCUACAACUUGCCUCAAGAGAUAGACGGUCUCAAGUGUCUACUUGAAUCUACUCCCUCUCCUGUUGUUUUCUGCCACAAUGACUUGCAAGAAGGAAACAUCUUGCUCCUGAGCGGCCGUGAGAACACUGACAGACAGAGGCUCAUGUUAAUCGACUUUGAGUACAGCAGCUACAACUACAGAGGAUUUGACAUUGGAAAUUUCUUCUGUGAGUGGACUUAUGACUACACCUAUGACAAGUUUCCAUUUUUCAUCACCAACACCAAAAAUUACCCCACCAAAGAAAAGCAGAUGCAUUUCUUUCAGAGUUAUCUCUUGGAAUCUCAUGCUGGGUUUGAAAACUUAAGUGAGGAGGACCAGCUGAAACUCAAAGAGGAUAUGCUGGUGGAGGUUAACAGGUUUGCUCUGGCCUCCCAUUUCUUCUGGGGAUUGUGGUCCAUGAUCCAGGCCAAAAUAUCAACUAUUGAGUUUGGGUACAUGGAAUACGCCAUGGCCAGAUUUGACGCAUACUUUGAGCUGAAAAAGAAGCUCAGGGUUUAAAAGAAAUUCCCAGAGGACAGAAGGAAGAUGGAACAACUGCUCAUAAGUUGUCAAGCAAAGAGCAGAGCAAAUUUUGAAUGUGCUUAAAAGAGUAUGCUCUGCGUCUGUAGUGAUUCAACCGUGCUGCAUGGACCAAAAUCAAUGCAACAUACAUAUUCAAAAAAAGGCCCUGUGCUGCAUUGAGUAUCCUCGUAUGCUGCUUCUCACUGUUUACAAGUUUAAGCUUCUCACAUUUAACACCAGCCUGAGCUUCUGGACAGUUGGAGAGUAAUAGAAGAGAAUAACAAGGUCACAUGGCAUUAAAAAAAAUAUAAAGUUUGUAGGUCAGAGUUUAGUUGGAGGAGAAAAUCUUUUAUGCAGCUGAAAAUGGUGCGGUCUUUAUACUAACUUAAGCCUUGCGGUGUUUCUUAUCACCUAGUCAUCUGCUGUAGUAUUAUCUAUACAACCGGUGAUAGAAGAUGUGUCGUGCAAGAGCAAGGUUCAAAAACUGGACCUCUUACCAGAAGAGGGUACAACAGACCAAACCAUGUUGACACUGUGCUUCUGAUGAUUCAGUAUUGUGUUUCCAUGUUCUGUUUCCAUUGUAUGCCGCCAUUUUUGGGUGUCCUUUUUACUGGAUGAUUUACCUCUUUUCUACUUCUAUUGGAUCAUGUCUUGUUUGAUUUCUAUUUCUAGUAUAUCCGCAUGAUGUGAAGUGAAAAAGCUGUUCGACCGCACCGUCUGCGUGCUCCUUAAGAGAGAAAUGAUAUGAAAUAUCUGUCUUAACGGUGGAGAACUUUAUGGUUUUGACCAUAGUGAUGUCAUUCACCUCUUGUUAGAGGUGCUUGUUUAUUUUAUAAGAAUUUGAUAAGUAUGAGAUUACCCGCCUGUAUCUGGUUUGAUACCGAAUUGAUAACUGUUAGCUAUUAAUAUAAACUUUAUAAUAGUCUGUUCGUAAAAUUACAGUCUUUUGUUUCGUAUAACAGUCGGUCAGAUUACAAUUUUACGGUGAACGUGUUUAUCCUCCUUUUCUUUUUAAAAAUGCUAUAAAAUUGUUUUACAACUGAACAAUAUUUACUUUUGCUUUUUUUCUUUGUAUAACCUUAAAUUGUGGUAAAAGUAUUGUUUGGUUUUUUUUCAUAUGUUUGAAAUAUAGGUAUAGUGAUACAACAUUAUUAAGGCAGUUUUGCUUAUUUGCUAACGUAAUGUGAAAGGCACUUUCUGAAGCGGUUCUGUGAAAAAGUUUUAUUACUUGCAAAUGUAACUUUUCUAUUAUUUUUCUGCAACGGAAGAUGUAUUUUUCUUAAUAAGAAAGUGUUCUGUGUCCUUGUUCUCUUGGUCCUUUUUAACUGUAGUAUACUGGUGAUCAAUUGAUUUCUGUUUUCACAUACCACACAUAUUUUGAAGCAUAAAAUACAUACAUGUUUCAAUAUAACUGGCCUCUAUUAAUCAACAUUUUUGGAAUAUCAGUAAACAGAAAGGUAAAAUGAAAGUUGAUGUUAAAAAAAUAAUAAUUCCUUUUUUUUAUCUAGACCAGUUUUACUAACUUAUCCAUCUGUUAACAACAAAACAAAGCCUCUGUUGCUUAAAUAAGUAUCUAUUAAAUGUAUAAAUAUAAAAAAACAGGAAUAGAAAAAAAUGUGAUUUACAUUUCUUCUUACAAAAGAAGUGAAACCAUUCAACAGGUUGUAAUGUACUAAUUCAUGCUAUGAAUAUGACUGUGAAUAAAGAGUUGUCAAAUUA